AUGGCUGGCGUUUCGACGACGGUUCUGUACCCCAACACUCCCGGCAAGACCUUCGACAUCAACUAUUACCUCCAUAAGCAUAUGCCGUACGCCGAGAAGAUUUGGGGUCCUUUAGGGAUGAAGGACUGGAAAAUGACGGCGUUCCAGAAUGCACCGGAUGGUACCCAGGCUCCAUAUCGGUACAAGGUGGUGUCGCGAUGGACGAGUUUGGAUGAUAUGAAGAACGCCACGACCACUAGUAUUGGAAAACCGGUGCUUGAGGAUGUUGCCAACUUCACCAACGAAGAGCCGAUCAUCCUAGUCGGUGAGGACCUGGCAUCUUCUGAAUAG